CUUUUAUUUAGCUACGUCACCUUGCUGUUCGUCAAACCUGAUUGGGUUCAAGCUUGGAGCGCAUCUCCCCCACCACGACUCUUCCACUUCACCUUCUCCCAUGUCUGAUCUUUUUCACUGUUACGUCUCAAUUAAUAAAGAUCUUAAGGCUAUUCUUCAAUAUUUCUUUCCACCUCCCUUGAUCCUUCUCCUAUAUAUAGCUCUAUGUCUUAACCUAAAUCCACCCCAAAAUCAAAACUACUCUAAAGAAGCUACAUCCAUUGCCAUGAAAUCCACCGCAAAAUCUCAGCUUUCCAUCGGUAAAUCUCCAGUCGCAGUCUAUUUCAGCGCCAUCUCACUUGGACCAGCUGACUCCUCAUUGAUGAAUAGUUUCAUCACCUCUUCUUUUGCUCCAACAUAUCUGCCUCAUCUCAAGGAACACUUGAGACGGUCUGAAAGUGCAGUGGGAGAAAGUCCACAGUAGUUGUGUUCUAACGGUGUUAGAUUGGCUGAAAAUUAGCCGAUCUGCUGCUGAUAGGGUUUUGAGAUUGUCUCCUCUGAGACUGUAGGAUUUACCGUUGUGGUUGCUUUGGUAUAUGUUCAUCACAUAUAGUAGUUUCUACUAAGGUGAUUUAAGGGUGGUUUUAUAUAUAUAAUGUAAUAGCUGAUCUGAGAAUUGCUUGAGUGUUUAUGGUUAUUUUGUAUUUAUUUGUUCUAAUCAGAUCCAAAAUAACCGAUGGGAAGAUAUUUGUUCAUUAACACUUCCGUUCUUGCUA